CAGAAUAUUAUAUUUUGCUUAGAAGAAAGAAGAGAGAGAACAGAAGGAAGACAGAAAUGUUGAGAAAGGAAUAAGCAGAUGUUGCGGGUUGGCAUAUAAAAUGUAUUUCCCCUCCUCUUCCUGUUCCUCGUCGUCGUCGUCGUCGUCUGUGUAUUCCUCGUCCCAAGGAUCUUCCACCACCAGUUCCUCCUCACAUCGUGGAUACCGUCAGCCGAGUUUAAUCUCCAGGCCAUCGCUAGUAACUCACCCCACACCCGUUUCGUUGUCUUCCUUGCGCGAUCUGACAGCGACUUCCUCGACUUAUAAUCCUCCUUCCCCCUCCUCCUCCUAUUCUUCUCCUUCUAUCUGUUCUCCUCCUACACGCUCAACUUCGCCGACCACGGCUACUGCGGAUAGUUUGGACUCUCUUAAUCUCUCAAGCUUCUCUUCCCGACCCAUCCCCAUCCCAAAACCGGUUUCUACUGCGGACCUCCCCGUCACCCCACUGACCGGCCGUUUCGAAAAAGGUUAUUAUUUCGCACCGCAGCAAAUUGAUCAAUCUCCUCCAUUUGAGGAAAAAUUCUCUUCGCAUAGAAAUUUCAAAAACUUCGACUCUCACGGUCGCCAUCAUCGUUCUCACCGUCGUCGUCAUCAUCAUCAUCAUCAUCAUCAUCAUCAUCAUAAUCAUAAUCAUCACUCACACUCCCACAAUCUUCACCAACACCAUCACCAGUCUGCUCCAAGCAUGCGCUCCGACAACUCGAACUUUUACUCCCCUGUCAUGUCCUCGGCCAUGCCACCCUCUGGGCGCCCUGCCUCUCCGCAAUCGUCUCGAUCUCGCGCUCAAAAUACCACAAAGUCCGUCCCUUCCUUUCACCUCAGUAAUCUUCCACGCUUCCAUCCUACCGUCUACCCCUCUACCGGCUCGCAGACUGCGAUCGGACAGCAGCAACAACAAUCUCAACUUCCAAUGCAAUCACGCCACCAUACAUAUCGCCAGUCAUCAGGCUCCUCCUCUCGGGAUGGCAUGCGGCAGCUGAUGGAGAGUGUGACCUCCUCACGAGUACCUUCGGGACAGUAUUCUCCCAGCCCAUCUGCUCCUCGAUUGGAUCCCCUUCUGAGCCCGGGUCCUGUCACUCCCUUGGUUUUGGAGGAAGGUAACAGCUAUCUCAGUUCCGGCGCAUCCGGUGCGACAGAUCCAUUCGCGAGAGACUCUCUGAACGCGGGAUCCGCGUCGGAUAAGAUCGCCCGCGAGGGGGAUCGAGCCUGGCAGAAGAGCAGCAUACUAAGUGCUAAGGGUCGGUGACUGUUGCCGGUUGCCUGCGGCAUGGCCUUGGUCAAAAAGUCUUGGUCUAUGUUUUUCUUCGCGUUUUUCGCCCUCCACUCAGUCAUGGUUUAUUCAAACGGCAUUAUGAAGUCUCUGAAUUGAUUAUAAACUAUAACCCAGCGUCUAGCAUCAUCAUCAUAUGUCUAAAUUAUACCCCCCAAUGGCAUCACCGACCUUUUGAUAUACUUUACUUUUAUGUCUCGUGUUAGUCAUGGAUUAAAAGGACAGAACCAGACUGUUCUGACUAGGACAAAUGGCUCUGGACAAUAGAAUAUGUUCAAUACUUCCAUGUUGUAACUCGUUAUUGUAUACGGCUUGCGUAUUCACUGCUUCUAAACAAUUACAUGUGUUCUAUCCUGUGGACGUUCAUCACUUUAUUAUAUCCUUUCCGCAAUCUUAAAUUAUCUCCUUCUGACCCUUUUUACAGCGUUGUGUACCAUUCUUAUUUAAAUCUCUAGUUCUUCCACCA